GAAGAAACCCCAAGUUGCGAGUGUCACAAAAGGUCUCGAGACGAAUUACAUCAGGAACGAAAAUAACCGCUGAACAAUUUUAUAAUGCUUCGGCGAAUCCUCUUGCACGCGCUGAAGACCGUCGGGCCACCAAGCAGAACGAACCAACUUACCCGUCAUAUUGCAGUCUCAUCACACGUUACGAACAACUCUUUCACCAAAGAUUUGCAGCAAUCGUCUAAUAGUUUGAUCCAAAUCCAAACCGAGUCCUACUUGAACAUGCUGAAGAAUGCAAACGACGCCAAGGAAGUGUUGGAAUUCAUGCCCACUUUAGACAAACGCAAAAUCGACCGACAGGCGGUCACCCUGGCUGCACUGAAAGCUCUUUUCGAACUGCAUAAGCUAGGCAAGACCAGCGUCCAAAGGCAAGACGUCCUGAACCACCCACGCUUUGCCGAACUCUGCAAAGUUUUGAAAUACGAAGCACGCUCCUUUGUGAUGAACGACAUCACGGAGAGCUUGAAGAUACUAACCUACUUUGGGGUGAGGUCGAAUAGCGAGAUUAUGACGGUGUUCCUACAGCUGCUUCGCCAUCAGAUCAACGAUGUCACGUUGGAUCACAUUGUAUUUCUGGAUUUUAUACUGAAAAAGAUGGACAGAAGUCCAUUGGUCGAAGCGCUACAGUUGGCGCUUCCGAUGUUGCUGCAGAUUCAAAUCUCCUACAAGAUGGACCACGAGAAUGUUCAACAGUUGGUGGAUCUCAUUGGGUUCGUAGCGCAACACCGGGUAUCUGAUCGAUGCAUUAUGAAUGUCGUCAGUGCACUUACAAUGCACGGCACAAGCAUGAGCGGAUCGCAAGCUGCUGAUGUUCUAAAGGCUCUAACGGACUUUAAUACAUUAGAGCAGCCUCAUUUGAAAUUGUUGGAAAAUGUUUACCAAACGUUGAUUGAGAAGAUCGAUGAUACCAAUUUCAAAACCAUCGAUUUCGUGAUGAAAAAGAUUGUCGAAAAGAACCUUGACAAGUAUCCGAUGUUCUACAAUGAUGCCUAUUUCAAACGCUGUGCCCAAUUUGUGGUGGAUUAUGACAUGGGAAUAAUGAAUGCGCUCUACUUCCAGAAGAAGUUGAACAAGAUUGCUUACCUGCAUGUCCCAUUGCUGGACUACAUAGGGUCUCAAGCGGAGAAUCUAUCGAUUGUUCCUAACUCGGGCAUCAUAGCCACUGUAGCAGCAUUCUCGAAUGCCGACUACCGACCACACAACUGGGAACCGAUCAAAACGGAAAUAGCUCGACAUUCAUCCAUAACAAACCCAUCGAUUCCGUGGAUUCGCUACAACUUGGAGCUGUUAUCGUUGGGCAUCUUCAACAAGUCAAUGCUUGAACAGUAUUUGGAUGCUGCCGCAUUGGACAGAAGCAUGAAUCGUAACACGAUAGUCGAUUAUCUGCAAUUGUUGGAACUCUCACAAACGCUUCAGCUGCUCUUCCCGGAAUACGAUGGACCUCUGCCGGAUAAGCGUUACAUCGAAAAGGGCACCGUACUGCUGCUGCAGAACAAUGAACUUCCUUUGCACAAACCUCUAGAGUUUGUUUUCGGUGGCGAAGGAAGCGUUCUAUCGCAGGUGACGUCCAACUAUGGGCAUGUGUUGGACCACGUGUUGGUGUUCGAUCGAGAAGGGCGUGUGGUGAAGCAGCAAAUCCAGGGUAAUGACGAGCAGGAUUCGGCGCGGAUAGAGGACAUUACCAGCAACGGUAACCGGGUCAUCGUCGUCCUAUGCCUGCCGAAGAGCUACUACGCAGUGAACAUCAACCGACUGCGCGGUCGCUUUGCCAUGCACAUCAGGACGAUUGAAGCGCUGGGAGUUUCUGUUGUGCCCAUUCCGUAUCAAAUGUGGUCUAAUCUACCGGAAGCUGAGCGGUUACCAUUCCUGGAGCGGGAGUUGCGAGCGAAGGUGGUGAAGACCUAAAGCGAUGGCCGUUCGGAAUGGUUUAAUAAACGGUUAUGAAAGUACAUUUUGCAUGAUUUUCUUUAUUUCGAUCUCAAUAGUCGAUACAGAAGAGAAAGCACCACGUCUAUGAAGCUAUCAAUUUGGGAGAAAAUGUUUACAAGAUUCAAUGCUUUUUUAUGGUUUUGCACGCGGUAUAUUUUGCGCGGAUCGAAAAAGUAGAUUUUGAGGCUACUGAGAGAAAUUUCAACAUUUAUUCAAACUAUUUUUUCUGAAUUGAAAAUGUAGCGCAUCGCAAGUGAUUUUUGAUUCAGUUUCCACCGCGAAGACGAAGGACCAAGUGAAGGGUAGACUCCUUCUGGAUAUUGUAGUCGGAAAG